AUGAAACGGUCCAACACGACUUCGAUAACCUCCUUCACUCUUCCAGAUCAACAAGGACAGGUGGCUGCUAUCUUCGAUUUUUCUGAAGAUGGUGACUCAAUUCUCAUCACGACUCCUAAAAAGAGCAGCUGGGAGUACUGGAAACAUUGGCUUAACCCACAUUCCUCCAUCUGCGACGAGAUUACGUGCUUAGCUGGUGUUGCCGUCAUUAAAGUCUACUAUCCUGAUGAUCCUCUUUCUUCUAGAGGAGGGGAACUUCGCAGCGGGGAAAGUAUAUCGUUUGGUCCUGGUGCUUCUUCUACUUGGUUCCGAGAUUCUCAUUACAAUCAGGAGGACCUUAUCGUUAGCCUAAAGGGGGAUAAAUCUUUCCACAGGAAUAUUUGCAGCGCUAUUAUCGACCGAGACCGUAUGGCUUUUCUCUCCUCAACGCCGUUUUUGCUACGCCAAUUGUUAUCUCUUCUCGGUCUAUUCCAAUUUUCACGUCCGUUCCGCGAAUGGAUACUUGACCUAAUGCUUGCUAUUCAACUAAGAGCAAUUUUCUAUUCUAACGGUUUUUGGAUAUAUCAUCCGACAAUUCCGUUCUUUUGGUGGUGGGAAUGGCGACAAAUAUGGGGAGAACCCCGCGUACCGGAAUGGGCAUACCGGUUUAAGUGGCAAAUGCAAAUGGUAAUCACGUAUACUGUUCAAGGAAUAUGUUACUGGGUUGGAAGGAUUUUCCUCGGGAUGAAGGGCAGCUACUCAGAAUAUACCCUUUAG